CCUUUGACCCAAAACCCCAGGCAAUAGAAAAGCAAUCGAGUCACGAUAUUUCCGGGUCCUAUGACUUAUCAGGUGGUGGCCCGGUGGGAGGAGAUGGAGUUUAUGCUUUCUGUUUGAAUACUCGAAACGUGAAGCUGUCGGAUCUGAAGCACUUCUCCAAACUGUCUGAAGGAGAGGAAGUGCUCGGCAAAACUUUCUUCUCACAACUAAAAUUAGGAGUCGCGAGAGCUGACAGCAUGGCAGGCGGGUCUGUGUCGGAGUGUAAGGAGCAUUUGUUUAAAAUCUUGGUGAUCGGGGAAUUGGGUGUCGGGAAGACGAGCAUCAUCAAACGAUACGUGCAUCAGCUUUUCUCGCAACACUACAGGGCGACCAUAGGCGUUGAUUUUGCGUUGAAAGUCAUCAAUUGGGACAGCAAAACACUAGUGAGGUUACAGCUGUGGGAUAUCGCAGGUCAAGAACGCUUUGGGAACAUGACCAGGGUUUACUAUAAGGAGGCAGUGGGUGCGUUUGUUGUUUUUGACAUUACUCGAAACUCUACGUUUGAAGCCGUUUCAAAGUGGAAGCAUGACUUGGACAGCAAGGUGAAACUAGCCAAUGGUGAUCCAAUCCCUUCUGUCCUUCUGGCCAAUAAAUGUGAUCAGAAGAAAGACGGAUCCAACAGCACUUCUCUUAUGGACAACUUCUGCAAAGAAACUGGAUUUUUGGGUUGGUUCGAAACGUCAGCUAAGGAUAAUAUAAACAUUGAUGAAGCUGCUCGAUUCUUGGUGGAGAACAUUCUUCUAAAUGACAAAGGCCUUCCAUAUGAGGAGAACAAUGGUGACAGAAUUAAACUGGACCAACAAACUGUGCCUGCCGAGAGCAAGUCAGGGUGUUGCUAAUGCGGAUGCACUUGCCAGUCUCAUUAUAACCACAGUGGAAGCAGGAGAUCAGGGAACGAUGCCCCCACCCUACACUACCACCCCACCCUGCAUCCCGCAAGAGAGAACCUCUUACAUGGGUCACAUAGUGUACAUAACAAGAGGCUAACUCUUCUCAGUUUGUCCACCUAAGGAAAAGACCUCAGUGCCAAAAGACAGAUUAUUUGUAGGAAACAUCUUUCUUAUGGCUUUUAAUAACCAGUUUAUCUGUGUCAUUCUUGGUCUGUGACAGUUUUGUACCAUGAAAUGCGGUAUGUAGUGUUUUUUUUUUAUGUAAAGCAGAUUAUUUGCUUCCGUGAAUGUUUUUAAGAUUGCAUAUAAUGAAAGAAGCUUAAUAAAUGUCAAAGAAGCAGGCAAAUACUGGGAUAAGUAUUUGCCUGGAAAUAUAUUAAACUAUAACAAAAGGUAAGUUUAAAAAGAAUAGUUACCCCAAAAAUGACAAUUCUGUUAUUAUUUAUAGUUACUUGUUUAUGGUGAAAAAGGUCCAAUCAAAGGAGGCAGAGUAAAUAAUGACAGAAAUUUCAUUUUGCAUGGAGCGUCUCUAAUGUUUUCUAGAAUAUGCCUCUCUUAGUGGGAAUAUCUUUCCCAAAUUUAGCCGUAAAAGAUUCUCAGGAUGUCAAUUUAUGGCAAAAUAGUACAUAUAGUACCACGGCAUAGUAAAUAUAAACUGUGGCUGUCAGAAAAAUCUGUGUCAUCAUCAAUCAUUAUGCUUCUAACAUCAAAUUAUCUUAAAUAAAUUAACUCCAUGUGGUUUACUCCAGGAGUACCUCCAGCUCAUGUUAUGUUCAAAUUUGUUGAUUUGUUUUAUUUGGUACUGAAUGAGGGAUGGGGCACCUGUUUUGGUCAUGCCUUUAUACUGCAAUAAAUAGAGGCAAAUAUGCCUUUGUUUCUUAACAGUGAGAAAUGAAUAAAACUUUUUACAAUAAAGUUGUUCAGAGGU